CUGCGCGGACAGCGCCACUCUUCUCCAACCUUCUCCCAGAGGAGCGUCCAGUCCCGCGGCUCGCGGCUCACCCCCGAACAAUGGAUGAUACUUUAAACGCGUCUUUUUCCAACGGCACUCCCGACUACAGCAACUUCACCGACGAGGGGGUCUCUGAUGGAAGGGAGACCAUCCAUUUCAUCAUCCGCUACGUGAUUCCCUCCGUCUACAUACUUAUCAUAACAGUUGGCUUACUGGGAAACAUCACGCUGGUUAAGAUCUUCAUCACCACCAGCGCCAUGCGCAGCGUGCCCAACAUCUUCAUCUCCAGCCUGGCUGUGGGAGACCUCCUCCUGCUGGUCACCUGCGUGCCGGUGGACGCCUUCAGGUACUUCUUUGAGGAGUGGAUUUUCGGCACCGUAGCCUGCAAGCUCAUCCCUGUCAUUCAGCUCACUUCAGUCGGAGUCUCCGUCUUCACCCUUACCGCGCUCAGCGCAGACAGACACAAAGCCAUCGUGAACCCCAUGGACAUCCAGACAUCCAGCGCAGUGUUCUGGACCUGCCUGAAGGCCAUCUCGAUCUGGGUCAUUUCCGUGCUGUUGGCCGUGCCUGAAGCUAUCUUCUCCCAGGUGGUCCACAUAACGGACAGAAAUGUCACCUUCCCGGCCUGCAUGCCCUACCCAUUCUCCAAUGAGAUGCAUCCCAAGAUUCAUUCCAUCAUGAUCUUCCUGGUCUAUUUCCUCAUCCCCUUGGGCAUCAUCUCUGUGUACUACUACCACAUCGCCAGAACGCUAAUCAAAAGUGCUCACGACAUGCCUGGUGAGGUCAGUGAGCACUCCAAACGCCAGAUGGAGACACGGAAACGGCUAGCUAAGAUCGUCCUGGUGUUCGUGGGCCUGUUUGCGCUGUGCUGGUUCCCCAACCAUGUGCUGUAUAUGUACCGGUCCUUCCACUACCGACAGAUCGACACUUCACUUCUGCACCUCAUUAUCACGCUUCUGGCUCGCGUGCUCAGCUUCUCCAGCUCCUGUGUGAACCCCUUUGCCCUCUACCUGCUGAGUGAGAGCUUCCGCCGACACUUUAACAGCCAGCUGAUGUGCCGGCGGCGUCAGUACCAGGAGCGCAGCUCCAGCUACCUCCAGAGCACCUCGGCCAUCCGCAUGACCUCCAUCAAGAAGAGCAACCCUGCUGUAGCCAACGGCCAAGGUCUCAAACCUGCGGUUUACAUCUAGUUACGGGUCCAGAGAUGAUUGGAAAAUUGGUUGGUAAUGAAGAGCAUUUUGAGAGACUAUAUCUAGUCAAGGACUAAAUAAUACAUCCUACUCACCAGCUUUAACAGUCUUUAAGCAGUAGACUGAAAAUCUAAUUUACACACUUUUCCCUUCAGUCUAAAUGUAGUCCUCACAUUUUCGGUGUCUGACAUUUGCUUAUUGAGUUGUGUUUUAGAGCUAUGAGGCUAUUGUAGCAAACAAGUCAUGGAGAUCUGUAGAUACCCGCCAAGCACUCUACAGAGUGGUAAUGCUUCUUGUAAAGGCAGUACACACUAUUCUGGAGAGCUCAAUAGCAAAAACAAAUUAACCUUAAAAAACCUAUAUAGUUAUAUAGCAUUGGUGCAAAGAGUAGUAACCAUUAGCUUAAAAAAAGGAGAGAUAGCAGACAGCAGUAGAGAUAGUCAGAGAGAUAGCAGAAAGUAUGGACAACAUUUAUACUACUGAAACCACACACAACAGACUGAAUUUAAGUCUUGUUAGAAAUUCGGCUUUCAGGAAUCAGGAGUCAGAAUCAGGAAUCAGGAGACAGCUUGAGAGAUGACUUAAGUUUAUUCUCGUGCAGACAGAAAAUCUACACGGGCACAGCUUAGUUGGUCGUUGCUCCCUCUGUGUCCGCCUGACUAGUCCAUGUGACUUGUCUGUCUGUUACUGUCUGUGUGAGACUCU